AUUUGGAUUUUGGCGCAGGAAGAGAGAGAGAGGAAUGACUGAGCUCCCAAUGGCGCGUGAAACAGACGACUCGUCCUCUCCCCCAAGCAAACGCCUGAAAACCCUAAAUCCCCAAAUCGAAUCCCAAUCGGAUCCAAAUCAACCCGAAACCCCGCCGGAAACCGAUGAUUCACCGCCCGAACGCUGCGCUAUUUGCUUCUUGGACGACGGCAAAGCCGCCCGAGGCAAAAUCGACUGCUGCGACCACUACUUCUGCUUCUUGUGCAUCAAAGAAUGGGCCAACACCGAGUCACGGUGCCCAAUGUGCCGGCGGCGGUUCAACACCAUCCGUCGACCGCCGAAAGUCGGCGUCUUUGUCCGUGAGCGCGUCGUUAAGGUCCCGGUUCGAGAUCAGGGGAAUAAAAUUGGGCAUGUUGAUGCUUAUGAAGAAGUUGCGUGUAAUGUGUGUAGCUCUAUGGCAGAUGAUCAUUUUAUGUUGCUCUGUGAUCUUUGCGAUGGAGCGGCUCAUACUUACUGUGUUGGGCUUGGUUAUACUGUGCCUGAAGGUGAUUGGUUUUGCAAUGACUGCAUUGCUUCUAGGCCUGAUCUUGCUAAUGUGAAUGGUGGCGAUGAUGAAUGUGGUAUGAUCCCAACAGAAGCUGUGCCUGUGCCUUGUGUCUCGGUAUGUGAUAUUGUAAGAGAAUCGAAUAGCUCAGCUGUUGAAAGACCUAUAAGAAUCACUCCAAAUCCAAAUCAGUGUUCGGUUGCUCCUCAAGUUGCUAGGCCGGCAAAAGCGCCACCAAGGGUGGCCAGUAUAUCAGCUGAAUCGGCUGCAAGAACAUUGGAUAGGUGUCGAAAUGUGCAGACUCGCAUACACACACUUCGUGAGAAUUGGAAUGGCUUCCGGAGUGGCGCAUUGAGCUUCCCUGCCAGUUCAUCGAAAUUGAAAGCUAGCUGCAGCAGUAGUCAAGAACAUAAAAAUGGUGUAAUGUCUCAUGAAAGAUCAGGCCAAACAGAAUCUUCAUCUUCUCCAACUCGUCAGCAACUAGAAAAUCGAGAUGGUUGUGACCCCCAUGAUAUUGACAAGGCAUGGAAAAUGCUGGAAAAGGCAAAGUCAAAACAGUGUAUACAGAAAAAGAACAGCAGUGGGGUUCAGUUGUUGCAGUUCUCGAAACUUCCUUCUAGCAGAACAAGUGCUUCGAAGGAACCAAAUCCAUGUCUUGAUAUAUCAGGUCAACCACAAUCCUCGUCUUUCACAGGUUGUCAGCAGCAGCAAAAUCAAGUUGGUUGUGGUUCGCGUGAUAUUGACAAGGCAUGGAAAAUGAUGGAUAGGGUAAAGUUGAAACAACAUGUUCACGAAAACACCAGCAGUGCCCUGAAGCUUCCUUCUAGAAAAGCAAAUGCUUCAGAAGAAGCAAGUAAUGUGAAUUCAAGUUUCGAUACAAUGAAAAGCCAGCAACUUGGAGCUCUGAAUCAGGGAAGACCGGGAAUGGAGAAGGUGUACAAAGGUAAGGAAAGGCAGUCUAGGGUCACAACUCAGGAGGCUGUAGAGUCAAUCCUGGGCAUUUCAUGUAGUAAUUCUUCACCAGGAUUAUUUAUACCUCCAUUUCCUAGGAACAUAAAUAGGUCAGCUUCAUUACAGAAAAAUCAAGCUGCCCUAGGUAUGGUUACUGAGCAAAACGGUUCUGCUUCUUCAAUGAUGGAAGGAACUUCAAAUUCUUAUUGUGGCAAACCUGAGCUCAGUACAUCUUCUUCCGGAAACUUAGAAGAGGUCUGUGUGGAAAGCAGCAGAGCAAGAAAAGUUGACGAUGAAGCCAAAAGUGAGAUCCAGUCUCUUGUCAAGAUGAACUUGAAGCUUUUAAGCAAAGACCAGCGCAUAGGAAUUGAUGCAUUUAAACAAAUUGCAAGGGCUGCCACACAUACCGUCUUGGCUGCAUGUGGUUUAGAACAUCAUCACAAGUCCGCCGUGCAUUCCUUCCCAAGCUUAGUAUGCUGCCACACCGAGCAGCUUCAGCUGCCGCAUAAAUCAAAUUUGAUGCGUAAGGCCUGCCGAGAUUGCUUUUAUGGGUUUGUGAAAGAUGUUGUCAGUUCGAUUCUGCAAAAUCAUGAUGGGUUCCAACGGCGGCAUUCAAGUCACAAACAGAAAUUAUAGCCAAGUUUAAUUUUGUUUAUUUCUUAGGAGCACAAUGUAACUGACUUGACCAUUUUUUCUGUUCAUAAACUUCACAAGCAUGAAUAAGAUAGGACUGGUUUCCUAC